UCCUAGGCAAAAAGCUUUUCCAGCCUUUACUUGAAACUUUCAGUAAAAGGCACUCACUAUUUUGCAAGGCAGUCCACUCCACUGUCACAAAAUUCUUCUUUACAAUGAUUGGAAAUCUGCCUCCUUGAACUUCUAUCCAAGAAUCCUAGCUAGAUCUGCUCUCUGGACCAACACAAGUAAGUUAAUCUCUGAAGUAUAAUUAUUUCUAGAAUUAGGAUACAGCUGCCAAUUUGGUCAUACAAAGUGCAAAAGAAAGCUCAGGAAAAAAAAGGAAACCACCACUAUACACAACAAAAUUUUGAAAUUGAGGAAACUAUGUUGAAAUCACAAACCAGCAUAUUUUCAAGAUAUCAAAACUCACACCUGAGUUAACAUAUAAAAAUUAAGAGUAACUCGAUUUUUUUUUACAGUGGAAGGUGGUACAGUGUUGACUGAAUUCCUUUUUUGCGGGUUGAAACCACUAAAAAUCCACCAACAGUUUUAAAAUUACAGUUCUGUAGGAAGUUCAAAAUGGUUUUUCCAAUAGCUCAUAUUUUCAUUCAAUCUAUUUCCCUUUAAAACAUCUGGAUUUUUUUUUAAAGAUCCCAUUUCGCCCCCCUGUGCAGUUAUUUUAUUUUAAAAAAUAUUUUCAGAAAUAAAUUCUAAAAGAAUGGCGUGUAAAGGAGGGGGUGGGGUGGGGCGAGGAACCAAGGCAAAGCCGGGCCCAGCAGGAAAAGGCUGGUUACUGGGUAUUUUCCUUCUGAAGCACGCUUCACUGGCACAGGCAUCUGAAGUAACGAGCCAUACAAACACGACCCGAGAACAAGAAUGAUCAUGAGCAAUGAGUGUAAGGCAUAAAUGUCUCUAAGAUGUAAAUGAAUUGGCACUGGUCAUCAAGCAGCGCCAGAUGCUUAGGAACCUCGUAGAGGGAAGGUAGGAGAUUCAAGGAGGAGAGACCAGGGCCACCCUUUGGGGGAAAGGAGAAGGAAAGAAACCCACGAGUAACUACUGUUCAGCAGUCCGAUGAAGCCCGAACGGACAGAGCACAAGAAAGACAGCAAGUGUCCUGGGAGAAGGCACACACCCGAGAGCCCGAAGAAGGGCGUGCAGUGUGCGAAUAGUAAACGGCUCCGUGAAAUGGGUGCCAGUAAGGGGUUGUGGGUGUGUGUAAGGGACAACGCAGGAGUCCCAGGGUCCUCUCCCUGCAGCAACAGAGGGUAAAGGAAGGGGGAGGGUGAAAAGCAAGAAUGACUCAUUCCCGAAAGGAAGUGCUCAAGCCGGAGGAAGGCAUGCCACAGGGGGGUUAUGGGCGAGGACUGUGAGGCGCUAGGUGCCCAGAGUGAUGGGGACAAAAUCAGCGUCCUGUGGUUCCUGCAGCUCAUUUUUAAGAUGGGAGGUGUGGGGGGUUCGCGGCAGCAGAGUGCCAAGGCCUGGGAAGCGGCGCGGCGCGUGCGCAGUGGCGCUCGGCGGGACCCGCUGAGGCAAAGCGGAGCCGCAGUGACAGAAGCGAGCGGAGCGGCCGCCGGGAGGCACUCACCGAGGCGCAGGGGCUGGAGGGGUCUAGAUGAGUGAGUCAGCAUCUCAAGAGGAACCCAAACCUGCUCAGGAAAAUGGAAAAGAAGACAAAGAAGGGAAACAAGAAGUGACUGAAGUGAAAGAACCAAUUAAGAGUUCACAGAGUAUAUUGGACAGUUCGGCAUUAGGCACCUGCAGCCAUGUGGCAGGAGCAGCAGCAAAUAAAAGCAAAUCCCAAGAAUUAAACCUGGAGGGGCAGUCAGAUAUCUCAAGGUGUUCAAUAAAGGACUCUAACACUGGAGCCUCCAAGAAUACUGUGUAUAGAAAACCUGCAAAAGUGAUUUUCCAUUUAGAUCAAACUGCAAAGCCAGAACAACCAUGGAAGAAAAAUCUUUUUGAAAGAUUGCAGGCAAGAACCCAGGCAAUGCAGCAGAAAAUCAUAGAUAAGGAAAAUCUGAAGAAGGAACUAGAAAAAAAGGCUGAAAAAAACCUUCCCAAGGAUAAUUUGGCCAAAGAGUGGUUUAAUACUGAAAACAUGACGCUGAACACUCGUGCAUAUUUGCUUGACAAACUUCUACCCACCUUAGUUCCUGGAGUGGAAAAAACAUUAAUGCAAGUGGAAAAGAAGAAGAUUUUGGCAGAAGUUGAUAUUCCAACCAAGUUUGAUCCAAUUAAUCAUUUGGGGGAGUACUUAAUGAGAAACAAUCCUAAUUAUAUCAAAGACUCAGGAAUGUCUGGUUAUCAGAGAGUGAUGAGAGAUGUCACAGAAGACCUGAAGAUAUAUGUUCCGAAUACUAUCUACAACAGAGUAUCCAAGAUGAAGGAGAAUGUUAAACAGAAACGAGAACAAAGAGAACACCUAAAUAAAGUCAAAGCCAACGUGGCCAACACACGGAAACAGGCUUUGCAGGAGCAGUUCACUGAGUGGAUUCUAGACCCCAAAGGAAUGAUUCCUAUGGCAGUGAUUCAGAAUGUUCUUCAUGAAUUUUUUCAAAAUCCAGAUUUCCAGCUUGAAGAAUGCUGCAAAGAAUUGGAUAUUACCGACUCAAUGGAACCAAGAUUGAACAAAAUGGAAUUUAUAGAAUUCAUCUCUUCACACAUUGCAGACUUUAAAAGUGAAAUGUUUGAGGAGCUCCUUAAGCACCUUUGCCACUAUGCUGAAGAAUUCAGGGAAGUCAUCAAAACUGACAUGAGGAAGCAGAUGUUCGCUGAACUCUUCCUGCAUUGUGACCGUGGGAAGGUAGGGUUUUUGGAUCGGCAGAGGACAUUGGCCUUGCUGGAAACAUUCUAUGACCAAAGUUCAGAAGUGCUCCGAAGUUUACUCAGAAACCCAAGACAGUGGCCAUUCAUUGAAUUUGGAGAGAUAGACCUGCCUGAGUUCUGGGGAGACAUGGAUAAUCAGAAACACAUUUAUGAAGACUUUGACAACGUGCUCUUAGAGAUGAAUAUAUUACUUUCCAACAAACAUGCUAGCAAAACCCAAAGUAAGUUAUUAGCAAAUCUGGAAGAUCAGCAUAAACAUGAUGAACGUAGAAAAUCAACACUACCACAAAGCCCACCAGAACAGCAGAGAGGGACAACUGUAGAACAAGAACCAGACAGAAUUUCAACCAAAGAACAAGAACAAGACAGAGAGUCAACUGGAGAUCAAGAACUGUACAAGGAAUCAGUAGCAAAACAAGGAACCUACACAGGGUCAACUCCAGAACAAGGAUCAGGUACUGAGUUAAUAACAGAACAAACACCACAUAGUGAGUCAAUACCAGAACAAGGACUAUUGCAAGGAAUCCAUGCUGAAUUAACUGCAAAGCAAGGACUUUACAGAGAGUCAAUAAUUGCACAAGGACAAUAUGAAAGGUCAACAACAGGACAAGGAUCACACAGAGAAUCAGUAAUAGAACAAGAAGGACCACACAGAGAGUCACCUGAGGAACAGGGACCAAGCAGAGAGUCAGUAAUAGAACAAGGACCACACAGAGGGUCAAGUGCAGGUCUGAGACCACGCAGAGAGUCAGUAACAGGACAAGGACCACGCAGAGGGUCAACUGCAGAACAACAACCACACAGAGAGACAAUUCCAGAAAAACAACAGGACAUAGACUCCACUUCACAAUCAAGAAAAAGUGGUAUCUUAAUAGAAAGUAAAAAAUCUAGGGAGGAUAUUUCCUUUGAGGACAUUAAAGUCCCUCCACAGGAAGAAAGGACUCAGGAACAAAUAUAUGAAGAGCAUCUAUUCAUGAAUUCUGAACUGCAAGAGAAAAUUUCAGUAUCAAACAGAAAAAGUCAUCUUUCAGAAACUGCAAAAAAGGAAGUUCAGAAAGACAAAUCCUGUGAACCCAAAUCCCAAAAAAUAGAAGGAAAGUCAUGGUCAGGUGAACUUCUGACUUGUACCUGGAACACGAAGUAUGCUAAAUGUGAAGAUGAGGAACAAGCAAACUUAAUCUAUGGUAACUCCAGGUUCACAGACCUACACGCAAUUAUCCGAAAUAUUCAGUCUUACAAGGAAGUAAAAGGUAGGAGUGCCUUCAAUGGAGUUUCCUUCAAUCUGCUCCAGUUUGUGCAACUUCUGGAGACAUUUGUUGGUGAAGAUGCUCCCUUGAGUGUCAGCGAGGCCCUCACCUCCUUUUUCAAGAAGGGCUUUGUUGAAACAAAAGAAGAGAAAAUUAGUGCCUUAGAACAGGCUAGACAAAAUGCUUCCCGAGUCCGAAGGGAACUUCUCCUAAAAGCCCUUUUUCAGAAGUGGGACAGUGACGGCUCAGGCUUCCUGGAUCUGAAGGAAGUUGAUGAACUCUUGUACACAUACAAGGAGGGAAUGGAAAAAGAAUCUAUGAAGAAAGCUAAACUACACAUCCAAUUUCCAAAGCCACACCCUGGUCACGAAGUGAAGUUGUCUUCAAAACAGUUUCAGAAAUACAUAGAAUUGGUUGUAUCUGAACUCAGGGGCAAUGAAGAUCAGGUACUGGAAAGCAUUGUGGAGUUUCUGAUGAAUACUUUAGAAAGGAACCAUGCUGAAAGUCUGAGGAACUGUGCCAGACAAAAAUGGCUACACCAAAUCCAAUAUUCUGCAGAGACAAGUGGAGUAUCCUUGGAGCCAGUGUAUACAGAGACCUUUAAGGCCCUCACCCAGGAUGCUGAAGCCCAUGGAAAUAAGAAGAUCAGUGCUCACAUCUCCCUCUUAGAAGAAAACCUACUACUGCCUGAUAGAGGGAAUGUUAUGCUGAGGAACGUAGCUUGUACUUUAGACGAUGCUCCAUUUGUAUUGAAUAGAGUGCUCUACAGGGACAUGAAGGGGAUCAGCUUUACAGUAGUGGAUGAAGGGAAGCCAAUACAUGUCCCGCAAGUUCAGCACCAUGGGAACAUCUUCUUUUGGAACUAUUCCCGCAAGAAGAAUGAUCAAAAUGGGUCAUUCCUGGCGCUGCCUCUUCAAGAUGCACAUAUGAGGAUAUUUGGGGUCUUGGCUGUUGACACCUUAAGAGAUCCCAAGAAAAUAAACAUCUUUCUACCUCAUGAGAUCAGAUUCUAUCAGGGUGUUGCCAAUGUCUUUAGUACUGCCUAUCACUAUGUCCACAGCCGGGAGCACAUCCUGCAUAUUGUGAUCACUGGCAUCGGCUGGCUCUACAACAUCACAUCCAGUAUCACUGCCAUCACUACAUACUUCAUUGAGCCGAACCCAGAGCAGGACUCAGACUAUGUCUUACGCAACAUGAUGGUCACAGGGCACCUGGGUCUAACAGAAAUCCACAGGAAUCCCCCUACCAUCUUUAGGAAGACGUGCAUCUUCAGAGAUUUCCUCUUUAAGUGCACAGACAGUUCAGAAGUUGUUUUGGCCUCUGUCUGUGGAGAAAACCACAUAGUAGUUCCACUUCGUGAGAGAACAGGAGAAGCUUUGGGAAUUCUUGAUUUUAACAUUGGCAGGAGUAAGAUGUUGUUGUAUCGAGAGUUUAAAGAUCUGCAGAAAAUGAUGAAGGUGAUCCAAGUUGCCUGCUUUGAAAUACUGGGCGAAUUAUCUGGAGAAAUAAAGAAAAACUAUAUCUUAGAGAUUGAAAAUGUGGGAGAAGUCCAGCGGGCAGGCAUCCUCUUCUUCCGAGUCAUGCUGCAAGAGCUACAAGAAUGCCUCCGGCUGCUUACCUCCAUGGACUUUGUGUCACUGUUGCUCUUUGAUUACAAUCCUCUGGAAGAGCCCAAGUCUCCACCAGACAGCAAGUCCCAGGAGUUGGAAGCCAACAUAAAACUAGUACAAGACAUCCUGAAGGGGAUUAUCUUGUUCUUUCAUCCAGAGUUGGAAUUAUCAAGUGAUUUAGAAAAUUGGGAAAAGUGCAAGCUGUGCAUUGACAGGUACUUGGUCCAGAAUAUUUGUGACUUUGAUCCAACUGCUGGGCACGUGGAAGUUAAUUUAAAGCUCAUUGAUGAAUAUAUCAAAGAUCACUCUCGAAUCGAAGUAUGGAAAUUUGGUAAUACUGCCAUCGAAUACCUAUACCAGUGGGCACACGUCUGUUUAGCUCUCGUGAAGCUAAACAAAAAAAUAAAUAGUGCUAUUACACCCCCAUUGCCAUCCAAGACUGACUCCUAUGUGUAUGCAAAAAUGCCAGGGGAAAGUUUGCAAGGGAAAUGCUAAUGAAGUUGCUACUGUAUUUAAGUUAUUCUUGUCAUGUUCAGUUUUGUUUGUUAAUUGUAAAAUAAAACAUUUUCAAUUGGAAA